AGGAGUAGGCAAUGCAUUUGCAGUCCCUUCAGUUUAUUCUCUAUAGCUUCUCUACAGAUGGCAAGUUCCUAUUUAAUUGGCAAAUGCUCUUCCAAACUCUCCAUAACUCUAUUUGUUGGAUUGCUGUUGGCUAGCAUUGAUGCAACAGGUGCUCAGAUAGGUGUUUGCUAUGGAAUGAAUGGCAAUGACCUGCCACCAGCAGAAGAAGUUAUAGAUCUCUACAAUCAGAAUAACAUUCGCAGAAUGAGACUCUACGAUCCAAACCCAAAUGCUCUGCAAGCCCUUAGAGGCUCCAACAUCGAGCUCAUACUUGGAGUUCCAAAUGAUGGUGACCUUCUUCAAAAGAUUGCUACUAAUCAAGCUGAGGCAGAUACAUGGGUGCAAAAUAAUGUACAGAACUUUGGGGAUGUUAGAUUUCGUUACAUUGCAGUUGGAAAUGAGGUCAUGCCCUCUGAUUCAUUUGCACAAUUUCUAGUCCCUGCCAUGAUAAAUAUUCGCAGUGCACUCUCUUCUGCUGGUCUUGGAAAUAUUAAAGUUUCAAGUGCUAUUGAUACCAGGAGCCUUGGAGAGUCCUUCCCUCCCUCUAAAGGCUCUUUCAAGCAGGAAUAUCGACCAAUUCUUGAUCCUCUCAUCAAAUUUCUAGUGGAUAACCAAUCCCCAUUGCUCCUCAACUUGUAUCCAUACUUCAGUUAUAAAGAUAGUUCAGGAAAUAUUAGUCUUGAUUAUGCUCUUUUCAAGCCUUCAUCAACAGUUGUCUCUGAUCCGCCAUAUAGUUAUCAAAACCUUUUCGAUGCGAUGCUUGAUGCUGUAUAUGCUGCCUUGGAGAAGGCUGGUGGAGAUUCUUUGGAGAUUGUGGUAUCAGAAAGUGGUUGGCCGACUGCCGGAGAUUUUGGGACAUCAGUUGAAAAUGCAGGAACUUACAAUAACAACUUGAUUCAACAUGUUAAAGAAGGGACUCCAAAGAAGCCUGGAAAUCCCAUAGAAACUUAUAUUUUUGCCAUGUUUGAUGAGGGUAACAAAAGCCCAGAGUUGGAGAAACACUGGGGACUUUUUUCUCCAAACAAAGAGCAUAAAUACCGUGUCAAUUUCAAUUGAAAGGGUGCCAGAAAUCAAGAAGCACUUAAGGGAAUUUCUAAUCAUUACUAAAUAAGAGCAUGUAUUUCGAUCCCUCUUAGAUGAGGGAAGGAUAUAUAUGCGUACCAAAUUAAUAAAGGUUCAUAAGGCAUAUGUUGGAUACUCAAGCGUGCUUCCAUAGCCUUGAUUGUUUCUA